GCCCUGAAAGAGGUUCAAUUCCACCAGCCUCGCAUUCCUGUAUAUUCGAACGUAACCUCGGAGCCGUUCUCGAGCUCCGGAAGAAUACCAGAGCUCCUGGGACGCCAGCUGACGGAGCCCGUCCAGUGGGAGGACACGAUGAAGAAGCUGCUGGAGGCGGGGAAGAAAGAGCUCUUCGAGUUGGGCCCGGGCCAUCAGAUCAAGGCCAUGGUGAAGAGGAUGGACGCCAACGUUUGGAAGGGCUUCAAGAACGUCGCAGCGUAG